UUUUUUUUCUUCUUUAUUCUUUUCUCAUGGCGUCCACUACUAUGCCUGAUUUUGCAUCCGAUCCCAAAAUGAACUUUAACGAACAGACCGGUAAAUGGUCUUAUGUCGGAGAAGAUGGUGUUUCUUUUGAAUACGAUGAGAAAAUGGGUGCUUGGUUCCCCAUGUUCGAUGAAAAAUUGAUGCAAGCACAAGCUUCUGUGUAUGCUGUCGAAGGUGUGGAUGAAACAGUCACGAUUGAUCCCAAAGAGAAAAAGAAAAAGAAACGAGGACCUACUUAUGAUAUUGAUCCUGAAGCCAAGAAACAAAAGCAAGAACCAGUGAAGAAACCAGUGACUUCGGUGUAUGUGACAGGUGUACCACCCGAUGCUACUGUAGAUGAAAUCAAGACAGUGUUCAGUAAAUGUGGUGUGAUUAUGGAAGAUUUAGAAACAGGUGAACCUAAGAUUAAGAUAUAUCGAGACGAAAAAGGCAAUAUCAAGGGUGAUGCACUUGUAUCGUAUUUUAAAGAAGAGUCUGUACCUUUAGCUAUUGAGUUAUUGGAUGAUACAGACCUUCGACCCGGUGAAAGUGGCACCAGAAUCAAUGUGCAAAAAGCAGUAUUUAAAGACAAAGAACCUGUUGAAAAGAAGAAAUCAACUACAGCCAAAUUAAAAGUAAAACGAAAGAUUCAACAAAUCCAGCGAAAGUUAGAUUGGGUUGAAGAAGAAGGAGGCAAAAAGCAAGAGAAGUUUGCUAAAAUUGUUAUCUUGAAGAACAUGUAUACACAAGAAGAAUUAGAUUCAGACCCAACAUUACUAUUGGAAUUGAAAGAAGAUGUGCGUGAAGAAUGCGAAAAGUUAGGUGAAGUCACGAAUGUGAUUUUAUACGAUGUAAGUGAAAAUGUCAUUGAUGCUUGUUACUCAUGUCUCUUUGCUUAGAAAUCACCUGGCGGUGUUAUAUCUGUUCGAUUUAAAGAAAAGGAAAGUGCUGAUGCUUGUGUUCUGGUAAGUUUUUUUUAAAAAAAAAAGGGAAUCAGUAAACAAGUAGCAUUGACACUUUUGGUAGUUGAUGAAUAAGCGAUUCUUUG